UACAUGUGUUAUAUACACGUUAUGUAUAUACAUACACGUACAUACAUAUAUAUAUAUACAUAUAUGACGGCGGCUGAAUUUGAUGGCUAGGGUAGAGUCACAUGUACAUAAUAUCGUGAUGUUUUCAGAUACCGCGACAACAAUAUAAAAGUUAAAGGUAUGAGCGCAGUGUCUUAUCCUUUGACAUAACAGAGGUUGUUACGAAGUAGAUUUAAGACAAAAACUUAGAUUACCCUUAUUCUCUGUUUGUAUAAGCAACAUCUAACUUAAUGCGAAAUCGAUGAUUUUUAAAUGAACUAACAUGUAAUAAGUAACGUUAAAUAUAUAUAUAGAAGAUAUGUUUUGCUAAAUCUUAUAUCGAUGUGAUUCUCACGAGAUGAGAAAUUAUCCUGUAAGGAACAUCUGUAAUUAUAAUUAUAACAAAUAAUAAAUUUCAUAAUAAACUGAUCUUCCGGUUAGUUAAAUUCGCGCAGCAUCUUUCUCACACGUCAAGAUCAGGCGAGCCUGCCAUCGUAUUUUCUUCGGCGAAUUUGUUUCAAGCAGUUCGUUAAAACUAUUCGUUUACGUUAUAUUUGUUUCAAUUUAUCGUUUACGUUAUAUUGAUUUUAUUCUCAUGUUUACAGUCUGAAAAAGCCACUAGGUUCGGUAGAUACAAGUCGAAUGGUGCUCUCGGACGCGUCCGUGACUUUCAACUGUCCCUCGUGCGAAAAGCUUUUGUCUCGUAAGAAUAAUCGAUGGUGGGAUAAAGACUGAGACAAAUGACUGGCAGAAUGCAAAUAUGAACUCUUGCCAGGAGGUUGCGUCGUCAGCUGCCAAGUUUUUGGAUGCUUCCAAGUACAAUCUGCGAUGUAAUCGUAACAUCAGUGAGAAAAUGACGAAGAAGGACUUUAUCUAUGACAUCCCCACACCUGUGCAGACUUCGAGAAAGUUAGAGGUACAGAAACAUCCAAUUAUCCUACUACGACGAAAAGAGACGAGCUCGAGAAUGCCGCAUUACAGUGUAAUUUCCGAGAAGUUGAUGCACGACAAUGGUGGCGGUGAUGCAAGUUUUGCUGCUGGCGCUCGGCGUGUCUUGGGCUACGUGUGCAAUCUCUGCCAGGAGCCCAUUGCCACGUUGUUCUCUCUGUCGACUCACGUCAAGUCCCACUGCCAGAAAUACUGCAAGAUAUGCUACUGGAUUCUGCGCGAAAACGAGACGAUGGAACGGCACAUCGACAAUCGUCAUCGAAUCGUGCCGAAGAUUGUAAGCCUCUAGUAGCUGAGACACGUCGACACGUCGAUCCGCAUAAAAGUAGAGGAAUAGAAAUAAAUGCUUUGCGAGAGAUGAGAGAGAUGUUUUUCCACUUCGGUCGGAAUGCAUCCUGCAGAAGCGUCCCGUAUAUUCUCUGCGUGUUCUUUGCGCCUUUGAAAUGUACGUGUUGCUUUUCGUCUUCCUUUUUUUACUCUCGCCGUCGAGAUUCACGUCGCUCAGGUCUCUAGCGACUGGCGAAUAGCCCUUCGGAAAUCACGAUGUAUAAAAUGUACUAAAAAAUCAUGAUUGCCUCUUGGACGAAGAAAUAUUUAAAAAAUUUCCGAGAUGAAUUUGGAGAGAGGGGACAUAGUUUAUAUUCGCACGGAUAACUUAUCUAAGGAAUAAAUAAUUUCAUGCGUUUCUCCCUCUUUUGCGCGGAUUCUUUUCAAAUUUAUUUAUUCCCGAUUGUAAAACUCGAACGACCGCUCCGCGAGAAUCAGCUUUAUUUUAAUACCCUACAUUUUAGUCGCUGCGAUUAUGUAUACGAGAUUGCUGUCAAUUUAAAGUGACUUAACGAAUUGCCACUAAUUCCCGCGAUGGCAGCGAGCCAUUUAGCGUUAAAUAAAUUGGCCAUUGUUCCGCCUGUGCUUUAUUGCUUAAAAUAUUCUCGCACGCGAAUCGAAAAGAAAUUAGGCUAAUUGCGCUCCCGCAUGCUAAUCAACGUAAUACAACAGCCUCCGCAUGGCACUUCCGGUUUUCGUCGCGCGUAUGUGCGCGACGCGCUGAAACAAAUUACACGCUCGCUGAGCGUCUUUAAUUCCACUUCCCACCAAUUUUCGUAUCUGCACGGACAGAAUUUUCUCUUAAAAUUUCUCCUGAAAAUCAUCGUGGGACAUCGUGGCAUUUCGAAGAACUUUAUGAGAGUUUUUUGAAAUUUUUUAUUUAUGUUUUUUUAAAUUAUA